AUGGGUGAUGCUGAGAGCUGCCUGCUCAGACAACAGACACGCGAGGUCAGGAAGAAGCCGCUUAUAAAUUACUGCUUCCUCCGCGCCGCCGCCAGCGCCGAGCUCUGGGUCCUGGCCGCAGCCCGGCUCGCUGGUCAGCGCCGAGCCCCGAGGACCGCGAGCUCCGAGGCUGGGCCCCGCCGAGAGGGAACCCGAAGCGCAGACCCCGCGGGCCAGAUAUCGCACCGGCGGGCAGUCCCUCGGCGCGCGGAACGGAGCGCGGCCGAGCGCAGCGCCGUGGCCGCCCCAGAAAGCGAGGCGGGCAUGGCCACCAAGGAGAAGUUGCAGUGUCUGAAAGACUUCCACAAGGACAUCCUGAAGCCAUCUCCUGGGAAGAGCCCAGGCACCCGGCCGGAGGACGAGGCCGAGGGGAAGCCCCCGCAGCGGGAGAAGUGGGCCAGCAGGAUCGACUUCGUGCUGUCCGUGGCUGGCGGCUUCGUCGGCUUGGGCAACGUCUGGCGUUUUCCCUACCUCUGCUACAAAAACGGCGGAGGCGCAUUUCUCAUACCAUACUUCAUCUUCCUGUUUGGGGGCGGCCUGCCUGUGUUUUUCCUGGAGGUAAUCAUAGGCCAGUACACCUCUGAAGGGGGCAUCACCUGCUGGGAAAAGAUCUGCCCCUUGUUUGCCGGCAUCGGCUAUGCCUCCAUCGUGAUCGUGUCCCUCCUGAACAUAUAUUACAUCGUCAUCCUCGCCUGGGCCAUGUACUAUCUGUUCCAGUCCUUCCAGUCGGAGCUCCCCUGGGCCAAAUGCAACCACAGCUGGAACACACCCCAUUGCCUGGAGGACACCUUGCGGAAGAACCGGAGCCUCUGGAUCUCCAAUAGCACCACCAACUUCACCUCCCCUGUCAUCGAGUUCUGGGAGCGGAAGGUGCUGAGCCUGUCUUCCGGGAUUGACGAGCCGGGCGCGCUGAAGUGGGACCUUGCUCUCUGCCUCCUGCUCGUCUGGCUGGUCUGUUUCUUCUGCAUCUGGAAGGGCGUCAAGUCCACGGGCAAAGUCGUCUACUUCACGGCCACCUUCCCGUUCGCUAUGCUCCUGGUGCUCCUCGUCCGUGGGCUGACGCUGCCCGGCGCAGGCGCAGGCAUCAAGUUCUACCUGUACCCCGACAUCAGCCGCCUGGAGGACCCAGAGGUAUGGAUCGACGCUGGGACCCAAAUAUUCUUCUCCUACGCCAUCUGCCUGGGGGCCAUGACCUCGCUGGGGAGCUACAACAAGUACAAGUACAACUCCUACAGGGACUGUAUGCUGCUGGGAUGCCUGAACAGUGGUACCAGUUUUGUGUCUGGCUUCGCAAUUUUUUCCGUCCUGGGCUUCAUGGCACAAGAGCAAGGGGUGGACAUUGCUGAUGUGGCUGAGUCAGGUCCUGGCCUGGCCUUCAUCGCCUACCCGAAAGCCGUGACGAUGAUGCCACUGCCCACGUUUUGGUCCAUCCUUUUUUUCAUUAUGCUUCUCUUGCUUGGACUGGAUAGCCAGUUCGUGGAAGUGGAAGGACAGAUCACGUCCUUGGUUGAUCUGCACCCAUCCUUGCUAAGGAAGGGUUUUCAUCGGGAGAUCUUCAUCGCCUCCAUAUGCUGUGUCAGCUACCUGCUGGGGCUGACCAUGGUGACGGAGGGCGGCAUGUACGUCUUUCAGCUCUUUGACUACUAUGCAGCGAGCGGUGUAUGCCUCUUGUGGGUGGCGUUCUUUGAAUGUUUUGCUAUUGCCUGGAUAUAUGGUGACGAUAACUUCUACGAUGGUAUUGAGGACAUGAUCGGCUACCGGCCGGGGCCCUGGAUGAAGUACUGCUGGGCCGUGGUCACCCCGCUUCUCUGUAUCGGAUGUUUUGUCUUCUCUCUCGUCAAGUAUGUACCCCUAACCUACAACAAAGUCUACACGUACCCCACCUGGGCCAUCGGGCUGGGCUGGUGCCUGGCCCUGUCCUCCAUGGUGUGUGUCCCCCUGGUCAUGGUGAUCCGCCUCGGCCAGACCGAAGGGCCCUUCCUCGUGAGACUCAAGUACCUGCUGACCCCGAGGGAACCCAACCGCUGGGCCGUGGAGCAUGAGGGGGCCAUGCCCUACAGCUCACGCAUGGCCCUCAACAACACGCUCAGGAAGCCCACCCACAUCAUCGUGGAGACCAUGAUGUGA